UCUUACUUGUGAAAAAGGCGCACAGCAAACCACCUUUCUGCACAAGCUUAUCUCUGAGAAACUGCAAGCACGUUGUCUGCCCCAGGAAUCCAAGGAUCCCACGUAUAUAACAACUGCCACUGUCAAGGACGAAACUCCGCAUUUGCGUCAACCCGAACGCAUAGUAUAGUCGUCAUGGCCGUAGAAAAAUCAGAAAGCAAUAACUCGCUCGCUCCCGACGCGGAAGUCGGCGCCUCCACGGAGGCUGUGGACCUGGAUGAGGGAUCUUCGAAGGUCAAGUUUCUGCUGGGCUUGUUGCGGAAACUGGUCGGUGUCAAGGAUAUUUCUGCCAUCCGCCUGUCCCUGCCCGCAUCCCUAAUGGAACCCGAAUCGAACCUCGAGUUCUGGAACUACAUGGACCGUCCCGACUACUUCAUCUCGAUACCGGACGGCGACACGCCCGAAGAGCGGAUGCUGAGGGUGAUACGAUGGUGGUACUCCAAAGACACGAAAUGGAAGGACCAGAGGAUAAAGAAGCCAUAUAACUCGGUCCUUGGGGAACGGUUCUUGUGCUGGUGGGAUGUGGCGGCGGAUGCAGAAGAAGGGGAUCUGGAUAUUGCUCCUACGGAGAGUGUGAGUCUCGAUGGGGAGGGGGUGACUACGGAGACUGCGGGUGCCGGGUCGAAGAGGAAGACUUUGAAGGUGACAUCCGUGACAGAGCAAAUAUCGCAUCACCCACCAGUCUCGGCUUACUACUACGAGUGCAAAGAGAAAGGGAUAAUUGGACGAGGCGUGGAUCACAUCGCCGCGCGAUUCACCGGGACAAACGUAAAAGUCGGUCCCGGCGUCCAAAACCACGGCAUUUACAUCACCCUCACCUCGCACAACAACGAAGAAUACAACAUCCAACACCCCUGGGCUUCCAUCACUGGCUGGCUCUCCGGCUCCCCCUACAUCACCGUCAGCGAGAGUGCCAUCAUCGCCUGCCCCCAAACCGGCCUCAAAGCCGUCCUCGAGUACAAAGACGAGCCGACUUUCGGCAAGGCCAAGUUUGCGAUCGAGGGGAAAGUGUUCCGGUACGACUACGACGCGGACAAGAAGUUCACGGAGAAAGAGCGGAAGGAACGGGAGAAGUUGAGUAAGAUUCCGGCCGCGGAUGUGGUGUGUAAGCUCCACGGCCAAUGGAACGGCAAGAUCUACGUCACGUCUGCUCCGGACGCGAGCAACAAAUCAACCAAAUCGACCAAAUCGGAUACAUCCUCCUCGCGCAAAUCCAGCUCCUCCCUCUCCUCCGCCGCGUCCACCGACGCCCGGCUGUUAUUCGACAUGCACGCGUCAUCACCCGCUGUCAAACAAACCCUCCCCAUCGCACAACAACACCCGCUUGAAUCCCGGCGGAUGUGGGAGGCCGUGACCACCGCGCUGCUACAAAAGGAAUCGCAGGCUGCGACGGCUGCGAAGCGGAAACUGGAGGAUGAGCAGCGCACGUUGGCGGCGGAACGGGCUGCGAAGGAGGCUGGGAAACAUGAGUUUGAGAGCUGGUUCUUCGAGUUCAAGGGGGACCGGGAUGCGAGGCCCGGACCGCCCGUGGAUAUGGACCGCGCGAAACCUUAUUUGAGGAAGGGGAGGGAGCCCGAGUUUGGGGUGCUGGACAGGAGCUGAGGACUCUACAGGAUUUUGGUCUUUGGACGUAUUGGGGGGACACAUUCCCUUUUUGCUGCACUUCAUGUGUGAACCAUACGCUUCAC